GGAAAAGCUCAAAAACUUUGGCCAAAAUGCUGCACAAAAUAUAGCGGUUUGUGAAGGUGAAAGGUUCGCGGCGAAAGUUUGUCUCCGUAGCAGUGUAAUCUCUCGCAGUGCCGAACCCAGCGACACCGGAUCAGCGGUCAAAAGCAGCCAAAAUGAUGUUCCGCUUGCGUGUCAAGAUUUUCUACGUUUACAUUAUUAUCUCGUUCAUGUUCAGCGUGUAUCUGUUCUACCUGAUCUCAAAAUAUUCCUUCGAGAAGUUUAUCAACUACCAGCGCCAUGUGCGGAGCAGCAAAUAUCAGGACCGGCCGCGGAUCCCACAGAUCGUCGGCCACUACGUCGGGGUCGGUUCGGUGGGCAAUCUGUCGAAAGAUUUCAUGAACAGCAACAACUUCGACCCGAUGCCGGGCGUCGGAGAGAACGGCGACCCAGUGGUGAUACAGGCGAAGGAUCUGUUGCGAAUGCAGCAACUGUUUCAGAUCAACCGCUACAAUCUGCUGGCCAGUGAUCGGAUCGCCCUGAACCGCAGUCUGCCGGAUGUGCGCAAGCCAAAGUGUGCCGUCAAGCAGUAUCCGUCGAAGCUGCCAACCACUUCCAUCAUUAUCGUCUUUCACAACGAGGCCUGGUCGGUGCUGUUGCGCACGGUCUGGAGUGCCAUCAAUCGCUCUCCGAAGGGGCUCAUCCGGGAGAUUCUGCUGGUGGACGAUGCCAGCGAUCGGCGGUUUUUGAAGCGCGAGCUUGACAACUACGUCCAAAAGCUACCGAUUUCGGUGACCAUUUUGCGCCUGAGUCAACGGGAAGGGCUUGUGGCGGCCCGGCUACUCGGAGCACGGAUGGCCACCGGCGACACGCUCACGUUUCUCGAUGCACACUGCGAGUGUUCACCGGGAUGGCUGGAACCGCUGCUGGCCCGGGUGCAGGAGAACCCGAAGAAGGUGGUCUGUCCGGUGAUUGACAUCAUUUCGGACGAUAACUUUUCGUACAUCAAAAGUUUCGAGUUCCACUGGGGAGCAUUCAAUUGGCCGCUGCACUUUCGCUGGUACACGCUGAGUGAUGAGGAGCUGGCGGAGCGGCGGAAGGACACUACGACUCCCUUCAAGACACCGGCGAUGGCCGGCGGGCUGUUUACGAUCAAUCGGAAGUACUUUUUCGAUAUCGGCGCGUACGACGAGCGGCUCAAGAUUUGGGGUGGCGACAAUCUGGAAAUGUCGUUCCGCGUGUGGCAGUGUGGCGGCGAGAUCGAAAUCGCGCCCUGUUCGCACGUGGGCCACCUGUUUCGGAAGAGUUCCCCGUACACGUUCCCGGGUGGUGUUACCGGGAUUCUGAACGAAAAUCUUGCCCGCGUGGCACUCGUUUGGAUGGACGAUUGGGCCAAGUUUUUCUUCAAAUUCAACAAAGGAACGGAGGAGUUUAAAAGUUUGAACGUCUCGAACCGGUUGGCGUUGAAACGGUCACUGAACUGCAAGUCGUUCGAUUGGUAUCUGAGGCGCGUUUGGCCGCAAAACUUUUUCCCCGCACCGAACAAAUUCUUUGGCCGCAUACAGCCGAUCGACCUCACGGCGUCGUUCGACUACCAGGAGUACCUGACGUUGAUGAAGAAGAUCACGCUGAUCAUCAAGCACCUCAACCCGGAGCUGCAGUGGAAGUUUCUGAUCAAAUACCUCACCGAGAACGUGCGGCGUAUCGGGGACGCGAUGAAGGCGGCCAAACAUACGCCCUUCUGUUUGCACAAACCGAAGACGAAUGCGGCCAUCAACCAGCCGUACGGUCAGUGCUUCCUGCAGAAGUGCUCGCUGCUGAUCAACGUGCUCGACGAGCAGUUUGUGAUCGACGAUUACGGGCGCAUCAUGACGGACGAGGGCAUCUGUCUCGAUUCGUACCGUCGCACCACCAUCGAUGGCGAGGAGCUGGUCGAGGGCGUCCGGAAGAUUAAGAUGGUCACGUGCGGGAGCCAGAAACCGAACCAACGAUGGAUCUACGAAACGGACACGUACCACCUGAAAAACAUUGGCGCAGGUGUGACGGACUGCUUGGAACGUAGCGCGACGCUCGUGCGUGAAGACGGGGAAGACAAGUACGAGCUGUUUCUAGGGCCGUGCGAUGUCCGGAACGAACUGCAAAAGUGGAUGCUCUUUCCGGUGGCGUGGAAGUAAACCAGGGGGACCCACGGAGUAUGGCAGAACGAUUUCAUUCCAGUACAGACACCCGAGAGGUAUGUUGGAACACCAUCCAUUUCACCACUAGUUAAUGAGAGCAAAUGUUACUUAAACAAGUAUUGUCUGGGAACCACUAGAAGAAGGGCGAGCUGGCAGAAAACCGUCUGCGAGGCAAAACGGGGAACGCAGUGCCAAAAGAGGCACUCCUUCCAACUUUCAUUAGCCUCACGAACCUCAAUCGGACUUCAGCGCAGGAAUGCUGAAGCCGGUUUAGUAAUACUAAGACGAGAACUGUAGAGACGAACCAUUUCAUAACGUAACUUAAGUAACAUUCUUCCCGCGAACGCAAUGGUAUUACGUAUGGUGAUGUAUUUUUAUUAGCAUAUUUUGGACUACAUUUACUUACCGUUCAUUCUUACCGAUUCGUACUACCUUUUGUCAAUUCAACCCUUAAAAGACUCGCCCGAAUGAUAUUAGCAGCAAUAAGGCGCAACUAUCGGUGUUUUCCGUGCUACUCGCGUGUUAGGUUAAUAUGAUUUUAGACUGUGAUAUUGUG